AUGUCUCUAGAGGAGAAGUUGGCCAAGAUCAAGUCACCUAAUCUUCAGAGCCAAAAGCAUACAGCGGUGGUUCUGUCGUCGAUCGAAGAAACCCUCACCGAGCAGAGGACAAAAUUUACACCGACUGCAUACUUUGCUGCCCUCCUCGCCCUCUUGAAGCAGUCUGCCUCCGGUGGUCCUGACAAUGAUGUCGUUGCCUCCACCAUCUACCUGCUCGACCUGGUCACCUCUCAUGUGCCCGCAAACCUCCUCCGCUCCCAGUUCAACACAAUCGCCUCUCUGCUGGCGCCCUUUCUGAACGCUUCUGGCUCGAAUGCGCCACUUCUACGGUCGGCAAUUGGGUGUCUCGAGUCACUAUUGGUUGCACAGGACUCGGCAGCAUGGAAUCUCCCGCAGACACAAACGAGCCCGAGGCAAGCUAUCCCGGUGCUGCUCACACUGGCCAUUGACUCAAGACCCAAGAUAAGAAAACGAGCGCAAGAGGCAUUGACGAGUGUUUUGCAGAAUCCUCCACCUGGGCCAGCUCUCGAUCAUCCGGCUGCCGAGCUAUGCGCCGUGGCGGCGCAGAAUAACCUGAACAACGCUGUGGAUGUGGCGCACCAGGCGCGGCGGCAGAGAGGCCGACCCGACGACAGCCAUGAACCGGCAGUGAUACAUGCCCUUCAGCUGACCAAAGCUGUAGCUGUCGCUUCGGGUGGGUGGCCGAGCAAGAAGAUCGAAUCACUGUGCGAAUUGCUACUGUCGAUAUCCAGAUCGAGGAACGACUACUUGGUCAUGAGUGCUUUCGAAGUGUUCGAGGUCAUAUUCGAGGGCAUGCAGGAUGAAGUCUCGUCGUCAAAGCUACCACGGCUGCUCGAGGCCAUAGUCGACUUGAAACCUGCCCAAAACGACUCCCAGCUGGUUCCGUCAUGGAUAGCGAUUCUGUCGCGAGGCUACGGUGCAGCAGCUGUAGUCGAGCCGGAAGAGACUUUCGGGAAACUGCCAGAGCUGUUCGAUCUUGUUGCGCCCUACUUGACCAGUCCGCCUCACAAUAUCAGGGUCUCGGCCUCGGAAUGCCUGAUUUCGUUUUUCGCCAACUGCAUACCAGACACCGUUAUUUCCGAUCCGUCCGUGUACGACGAGAAGCUGCUGGAGCAGAUCUCGAAAAAGGCACUUGACCUACUGUCGGUCAAAUACCAGCCGGCUUGGAUGGAAGUCUUCAAUACGCUGUCGGCACUGUUCGACGCUCUACGAUGGAGAGGCGACCCCUUCCUCCUGCCCCUUGUCAGAGCCAUGGGCGAGCUGCGUGGCAAUGAAGGCUUUCAAGGCAAGAAGGAAGCCGACGAAGUCCUUGGUCAUGCCAUCCGCAACCUUGGCCCCGGCGCAGUGCUGAGUGUGCUGCCCCACAAUCUCAUCAAGCCACAGCCGGAUCAACCGGGCAGAGCAUGGCUGCUUCCUCUGCUGAGAGAUUACGUAUCGAACACUAGCCUGGGUCACUUCAGGUCGGAUCUAGUCCCUCUCAGUGAAGCGAUGUACCAGCGCGUCAUCAACCACGGUAACGUGGAGAAGACCAUGAAUAUCAAGGUCUUCGAGACUGUGGUACAGCAGGUCUGGGCGACACUGCCGGGCUACUGCGAUUUACCACUCGACCUGCAAACGGCCUUUGACCAGCCUUUUGCAGAGAUGAUCUCGAAUCUCCUUUACAAGCAGACAGAUUUGCGAGUUGACCUCUGCCGGGGCUUACAGAACCUUGUCGAAUCCAAUCAAGCCCUUCUGGCAUCCGAUCUUCCGGAUGAAGUGCUGCAGCUUGAACGGAGGCUGUCCCGUUCCGACGCAGAGAAGAAUAUUCAACACCUGGCCCGAUUCGCAAGCAACUUGCUGGCCGUACUCUUCAACGUUUACAGUCAAACGCUCCCGCAAUCGCGAGCAUGCAUUUUGCAGUGUAUUAACAGUCAACUUGGCAUCACACCCGAGAAAGACCUGGUGGACACUUUCGAGAGGGUGUCCACGAUGCUCCAGGAUGCCCUGCCGAAGGCAGACCAGCCGCCGCCAAAGAAGGAACAGAACCCGGCUUCUGCCAGCAAACUCCCACCCACGUCUCACACUCUACUCGACCUCGUCAUUGCCCUCUCAGUCCACUUGCCCCGAUCGACCUUCGCCUCCCUCUUUGCCAUUUGCGCUGGCAUCAUCACCAACCCGACCAUCCUCAAGUCCGACCCACAACUCAUCAAGAAGGCGUACAAGCUUAUACCCCGAUUGUCCACCUCAUCCACCGGAAUGGAAGCUCUCAAGGACCGAAACAAGGAACUGCAGGAGCUGAUGCUGCGUACAUCAGAGAUGACACCCGUUCCUGCUCGACGCGAUCGAAUCCUUGCAAUUGAGACCAUUGUUUCAUACCUCCCUCCAACAGAUCUUCAUUUCAUACCCAGCAUCCUUAGCGAAGUUGUGCUCGCCUGCAAAGACAGCAACGAGAAAGCCCGAACAGCUGGCUUCGACCUUCUCAUUGCCGUGACGAACAAGAUCUCGGAUCCAUCAAAUCCACCGGACACGAGGAUCCGCAACCACCUCGUCCCGCAUAUGCCGGAUGACUCUCCAGAUGCACCCGCAACCCUCGAAGAGGUCUUCACCAUGGUCAGCGCCGGGUUGGCAGGCGUGGCGCCACAUAUGGUCGCUGCAAGUAUCAUCGCGUUAAGCAGACUGUUCUUCGAGUACCACUCCCGACUGACGGACAAGACGAAAGAGGACCUUGUUGAUACAGUGUCGAUGUUUCUGCAGUCUAACAACCGUGAAAUCGUCCGUGCGGUGCUCGGCUUUGUAAAAGUCAUGGUUGUUGUGCUGCCUGGGCAGAUGUUGGGACCGAGGAUGCCAAAUAUCAUGCCGGGGUUGAUGGUGUGGAGUAAGGAGAACAAAGGCCGGCUGAGGGUGAAGGUCAAGGGCAUCGUAGAUCGAUGCCUGCGCAGGUUCGAUGCAGCCAAGGUGGAAAGCUGGGUCGGUGGUGAGGACAGAAAAAUGGUGGUCAACAUCCGUAAACGAAGGGAACGGGCGAGGAAGAAGAGGAAGGCUGGCGAGGAGCCUGAGGAGGACGACGAGACUCCGACCAAGAGAUACGAUAAUGAAUUCGACGAAGCAGUCUACGGCUCCGAGGAUGAUGAGUCGGAGAUUGAAGGCAGCGAUGAUGGAGCCGACGACGACGACGAUGACGACGAUGACGACGCCAUGACAGGGGUGUCGAUCAAGAAGCAUAACGAUCGUGGGAAGAGGAGGAAUGACCAGUACAUCCGUCAAGAAGCUGACGAAGAUGAACCCCUCGACCUCCUCGACCCGAGAAGCAUGGCAAGUAUAACGACUAAGAAACUGGGACGGCUGCGAGAUUCGGAUAUCAACCCGAGGAAAACGAAGGCUCAAAUCAACGAAGACGGCAAACUCGUAUUCGGUGGUAAGCCAAACGAGGGUGUGGCCAACGAUACGGUUAUGGCCGGCGGCGACCAGCAGGACAAUUCCAUCAACGCAUAUCUUGACGCCGUCUCGGGUGCGGACGCCGUCCGAAGAGGUCAGAAGGGCCGCUUGAAAGUCAAAUCGGGCAUGCAGAAGAAAACGAAGCGAGAAGGACGUGAGCGGGAGAAGGAUGAGAUGGAGCUGGACGUCGAAGAAGCCCGACAGGUUGCCAGACAAAUCAUGCAAGGAAGUGCCAGUGCCAGUGCCAGUCUCAAGUCUCCAGGCGGGAAAACCGAUGCCAACAAGCAGCAGCGGCGAGGCCUGGGCAUGGAGAAGCGGCGGGAUGGACCGCAGAGACAGAAGUUUCGAGGCGGAAGUGGCGUCGGCAAGCGGCGCGGUGGAAAGGUGCAGUUUGCGGGCAGGAAAGGAGGACGAGGAUGA